GAUUUUACCGAUUCGAUUUUACGAUUCCGAUUUUACCUAACCAAAACGAUUUUAGGUAAAAUCUCGAUUUUGACAACCUUGGUGAUAUAGAUCCUUUUGCUGAGUUCUACAGAUAAGACCUCUUUGCCAUUCCUUAUCUCUAGAGGUGGUUAAACUUCUUACGUAUAUUAGUGAUAUAGAUCCUUUUGCUGAGUUCUACAGGAAGAAGCUUGCUCAGUGUCUACUUUUUUACCAUAGUCCUAAUGGUGAUCAUGAAAGGAGUAUUCUGACUAAGCUGAAGCAGCAGUGUGGGGGACAGUUCACAUCCAAGAAAGAGGGCAUGGGGUUGCCAUCUUUAGGGGAGAAGCAUGAUAAGUUCAUGCUAAGGGAGCUUGUUAAAAGAUGGUCAAAUCAUAAAGUCAUGGUCCUGCGGCUGUCGCAAUUCUUCCAUUGUCUUGAUAUUGAAUUCUUUCCUCGGAGAUCACUUCCUCCACUUAAUGAAGUUGGAUUAACAUGCUUCUGGGAUCGGGUAUACAAUGAAAUAAAUGGUAAAGUCAGAGAUGCUGUAAUUACCCUGAUUGACAAAGAACUGCAACAUGAGUUGCUGGUGGUCUUUGCCAACCAACUACUUGGAAAAGUGCAUUCUGAAUGUUGUGCAUUGCUCAAAGAUGAUAAGGUGGAUGAUCUUUCUAGGAUGUACAGGCUUUACCAUAAAAUACCCAAGGGAUUGGAACUGAUUGCUAAUGCAUUCAAGCAGGUCUGGCUUUCUACUUCCUCUUUUCUGCAGCAUGUCACUAAUGAGGGUACUGGUCUCGUUCAACAAGCUGAAGAUGCUGCAAGUAACCAGGCUACAACUUCUUCUGGUGCACCAGAGCAGGUAAGUGUACAAUGGGCUGUGUCCUGUGGUUUCUUUUGAAAAUUUUUGAAGAUGUCCAAAAUUGAUGUGAUUGUUAUCUUCAGGUCCUCAUCAGGAAAAUAAUUGAAUUGCAUGAUAAGUACAUGGCCUACGUGACUGACUGUUUUUCAAACAACACACUAUUCCA